GGGUUCCAGGUCUAUAAGUUCUUGCACCGUGUGUGUGUGUGUGUGUCAGUGGGUGGGUGUAUUAAUGGGUGAGCGUGUUCCAACUUAUUUCAAUCCCUAUGUGAAUGGCUGAUUAUCUCACUCGGUAGCUUAAGUUUGAGGGGAGCAGCACCAUAAAGCCCUGCAGAGAGAGUGAAAGACGAGUGGAGUCAGCAUGGCCCAGAAAAGUAACUUUCAUUUCUCCAUCCGGGAAUACACACCAUCCGAUCGACUUGUGCUCAUGUCAUUCUUUCGUGAUGGGAUCAUGGAGCAUGUAUACCCGGCCUUCUUCAAGACCAUGAGCCACCCCGACCACAUAGGCAUUGCUCUGAGUAUUUCCAUGGCUGGCUAUGUGUUGGGUGGCAGCUCCUACUUCCAGGCUUUGCUCUUUGGCAGCGCAUGGGCUGGCCUCCUUUACUACUGCUGCCACGAGAUCUAUGAAGGCUACAUGAUGCGGUGGCUGUGCACAGAUAUGGCUGACAUUCAAACCAGCUACCUGGAAAACCCAGAUAAUGGUUUCUGGGUAGCAGAGGCAGAUGUUAAAGGCCGGACCAAGGUAGUGGGGAUGUUGGCAGUGAUGGGGAAGAGGGGCAUGGAAGAAGCUGAGAGGUUUGAUGACUUGAACGGAGGAGUGGCUGCAGGUGGCUCAGAAUUUUUCCAAGAUGCUGGAGAUGGGAGUCAUGGCGAGAUGUUCCACAUGGUUGUGGCUUUCCCAUGGCGCCGCAAAAACGUGGGCUCGCUGCUGAUGCAGAAAGCCCUGGACUUCUGCAAAGAGCAAGGCUACACCCGGCUUGUCUUGGAUGUCAGCUCACCACAGACGGCAGCCAUUUCUCUGUGCCAGAAAUUUGGCUUUGUCAAAACUGCGACCCACAGUAACACACAUGCCAAUCGCUGGUUCUCCAAACUGGCCAGAAUAAAUGUGAUGCGAAUGGAGAAGUGUGUUUCAUCCUAAAUGGACGUUAUACCUCAACUGUACAGCACAUUAACAAUAUUGCAGUUAAUUUAUGCUUCUUGUCUCGUGUAAUGCGCUCUGCUGAGUGACCUCUGGUCAUAGAGGGCUCCAGCUUGCGAUCAUGGCUGUGUGAAGAAGAAGUAAAAAUACAUUAAAUUUCAUGUUUUUUCCACAAAGCA